AUCUCUGUAUGUGUGUAUAUGUGCGCAGUCAGAUCUUUGUGCAAAUGUGCAGCGAGACAGACCUCCUCGGUCCACACUGGUUCAGUGUUUUUGGAGCCUAACCUGUGGGUCGGUGCACCGCUGAGAGAAGCAUGAAAACUGGGAUCCAGCAGCUCUCAGGACGAGUGAGAAGAAGGUGCGCACAACCGAGCUGAAGCCUCAGGGCCGUCAUUAGGGAACCAUGUGCAGCUCCCUGAGCCCCAAGCAGCCCAGCGGCCCGGGCCUGACAGACAUGCAGCAGUAUCAGCAGUGGCUCUCCAGCAGACAUGAAGCCAGCCUGCUGCCCAUGAAGGAAGACCUGGCCCUGUGGCUCACUAAUAUGCUCGGUCUGGAAAUCACUGCUGAGACCUUCAUGGAUCGCUUAGACAAUGGCUCCCUGUUGUGCCAGCUGGCUGAGACACUACAGGAGAAGUUCAGGCAAAGUAAUGGAUACCUGCCUGCCCUUGGCAACAGCAAGCAGAGCGUUCCCUAUCGGAGGAUACCAUGUCGCCGGAGCGCUCCAUCUGGCUCUUUCUUUGCACGAGACAACACAGCCAACUUCCUGGCCUGGUGUCGUGAGGUUGGAGUUGGAGAAACAUGUCUGUUUGAGUCAGAGGGUUUAGUUCUUCAUAAGCAGCCACGGGAAGUGUGCCUCUGUCUGCUAGAGCUGGGCCGGAUAGCAUCACGGUACAAUGUGGAGCCUCCGGGCCUCAUAAAACUGGAGAAAGAGAUUGAACAAGAAGAGACGGCACCUCUACCUCCUCCAUCACCUGUCUCCCCAGCUCAGCCCCUCCCCGUUUCUCCCUCCUCGUCGCCUUCCCCGUCUCCUUCCCCGUCGUCUCCUUCCCAAUCCCCGACUCCUACCAAAGUGACUUCCAGCAAAAAAAGUACAGGGAAGCAGUUGGAUGAUGCUGUGAGACAUAUCGCUGAUGAUCCACCCUGCAGGUGUGUGAAUAAAUUCUGCGUGGAGAGACAGUCGCAGGGUCGAUACCGUGUUGGGGAGAAGAUGCUCUUUAUACGGAUGCUGCACAACAAGCAUGUGAUGGUGCGAGUCGGUGGAGGCUGGGAGACCUUUGAGAGCUACCUGCUGAAACACGACCCGUGCCGCAUGCUCCAAAUUUCCCGAGUGGAGGGCAAGACGUCCCCCGUCGGCAGCAAGUGCCCCAACAUCAAGGACCUCACCCCGGACAGCUACCUGGUGGUGGCAGCCCACUACCGCAGCAAAAAAUAAAGACUGGAAAGUGCCAUUAAUGAAAGGACACAGAGGAUGACCUCGUGCUGAGCAACAUAUCCCAUGUUCUUAGUAACAUUAAAGCUAUCGUGCAGCAGCAUUCGUGGAGAGCACACUGUGUAAGAAUGACAGUUUGGUUUUCUUGAAUCCAGGUGUGUUUUUAAUUAGAUGAAGCUUAGAAUUACACUCGUGGGCCCUUGAUGUUGCUUUUUUUUUUUAGUUUUACAGAACUGCUUUGAAAAAUGUGUUGAUCUUUACAUUGUAAUGGUUUAACUUGGGACAGCAGAAGGUGUAGAUUUUUUUUUUAGCUUUGUUUUUCAAUCAUGAAGCAAUACAUGACCUAGAGUAGGUAUUAUCAGUCUUUACCACACACCCCUGCUAUAAGUAGUGUAACCGGCCUAUGGCACAUGACUGCAUAAACACAACUUUAAAAUAGAAAAAAGAAAUUGAGCAAGUGGUGGAGAUUUCAGCACCUUUGUGAAGCCAGUGCCUUUGUGUGUGUGCUCUACAAGAGAAGAAGUUUUUCUAAAUCACUUACAGCACAUUAGCUUUAGUGGGAAACGCCUCAAACUGAACUUUAACUGAAGUUGAAACCUUACUACCCAAAGAAAAUGGCCAAAGUUUUACAUGAUUGUUUAUAUAGUAUUCUUAUAAAAACUGACAUAUCUCUCAUAGAUCAUUCGUCAUGAAAUGUUGCAGCUUUUACUUCAUGAUGUAUUUCUUAGUAGGCUCACAAAAUGAAGAAAUGCUUAUAUUUUUUACAUCUUGAAUAACUACUCUAUGCAGUGCAUUUUAUACUAUUAGCGUUUAUUUGUAUUAUUCAUUAUUAGAAUAGCUCCUAUGUUAUAUAAUUACUAUACAGACAAUCACAUGUACAAAUGAACCUGACUCAACUGCGUUUCUUCAGUUUGUUGUAUGUUACUGACCUCUAGAGGCAGGGCAAUCAUUUAACCGCGAUCCACUCAGUGCAUUUAUUUGUACAGCUUUAUUCCUGAAAAAUUAAAGUGUCAGUUUGAUAGAUCAUUGGUUGUACACACAGUAAAUAGACUCCCUUUUAAGUGGUUAAAUUUCAAUAAAUUUUCAAAACUUCUAACUUCACACCUUAAA